AUGGUUGUUCCAAACCCCAACAUCGCUCCUGCUGAGCUCGCAGGCAAAGUUGCCCUAGUUACUGGAGGCAGCCGCGGCAUCGGCUCUGGUAUUGCACUUGAGCUGGCCAAGAAGGGUGCCUCGGUAGCCAUCAACUAUGCCAGGGAUCCUCACUCUGCCGAGAAGAUGGUGAAAGAAAUCGAGAGCCUCGGAAGAUCCGCAGCCGCCUUCCAAGCCGACCUGACUCAAGUCAGUGCCAUCGAGACUCUGUUCCAACAAGUCGUCGAACACUUCGGCCAACUGGACAUCGUUGUCUCCAACUCCGGAACCGAGAAGUUCGUCUCGCUAGCCGAUACCACCCUCGAAGACUUCAAUGAAGUAUUCGAUCUGAACACUCGCGCCCAGUUCUUCGUCGCCAAGUACGCUUACCAGUACAUUCAACCUGGUGGACGGGUCGUGCUCAUGUCCUCUAUCGCUGCGGGUGUGGGUGUUCCAGGCCACUCACUGUACGCCGGAAGUAAGAGUGCGAUCGAGGGAUUCACCCGUUGUUUCGCGGCUGAUUUCGGUAAGAAGAGGUGCACGGUUAAUGCGAUUGCACCUGCUGGAGUUAAGAGUGAGAUGUGGUUGAAGAACUCAUGGCGCUAUGCUCCUGGCUGUGACCAGAACUCUUCAAUCGAGGAUAUUGAGCAGGCUCUCGCGAAUGGUAGCCCCUUGAAGCGGUGCGGUGUCCCGGCGGACAUUGGUCGCGUUGUGGCAUUCCUGGCCAGCCCAGCAGGGGAAUGGAUCAACGGUCAAAUCCUGCCUCUGAAUGGUGGUGCAAAUAUUUGA